AUGCGGGUUGACCUUGCCAGGAUCACCGACCUGCGCCGCCUGCAGGCGGAGAUUCCCGGUUGCCGCCUGUGCCCGCGUUUGAAUGGUUGGCGGGAACGGAUCGCCCGAGACAAGGUGGCCCGCUUCCGGCACUGGGACUAUUGGAGCCGGCCGGUGCCCAGCCUGGGGCAAGCCGAUGCCCGCCUGUUGGUGGUCGGACUGGCGCCCGCCGCUCACGGCGCCAACCGAACCGGACGCAUGUUUACCGGGGACCGAAGCGGGGAGUGGCUUUAUCGCGCCCUUCAUCGACAUGGCUUCGCCAGCCAUCCCGAAUCCUCCCACCGCCAGGAUCCCCUGAGAUUGAUCGACUGCUACAUCACCGCCGUCCUCCACUGCGCUCCUCCGUCCAACAAGCCCAGCCCGCAGGAGAUCCGGAACUGUCGCCCCUACCUGCAGUUCGAAUGGGAGCAGUUGACUCGGUUGCGGGUCGUGCUGGCGUUGGGCCGAAUCGCCUUCGAUAACGUCUGGGAUCUCCACCGCGGCAACAGCCGGACCAGGCGUCCCCGCUUCGGACAUGGCCUCGAGGCGCCCCUCGACGGCGGCCGCCUGCUGGUGGCGUCGUUUCACCCCAGCCAGCAGAAUACCUUUACCGGGAAGCUGACCCAGAGCAUGUUCGACUCCAUCUUCCGGAGAAUCCGGCAGGUGAUCGAUGCCCGGUGA